GGGCCGGCGACCAGGUUGCGGCGUGGGUGGCCGGCGUUCUCUCCGGAGGUACUGAAUUGCUGCGGGCAGCGGCAGGCCCGGAGCUCCUCCCUAGCCCCUGGGACUCCGAGGGGGAGCUGGGCGAGCAGCAGGCCCGGGGCAAGUGGGCCUCGCUUCCGUCUCGAGAAGGCAGGGCCCUCCGCCCCCUACUCUCUGCUCCGCAGCCCUCACCUCACCGUCCCCAGCUCUCGGAGAGUCCCAGUUAGCAGAGCAUGCGGCAUCUCCACUAAAUGCGCAUUAAUGAGUCAGCCUGAGCCACGCGUUACUGCACAUGGAAAUGACGAAGAAACGCUCGUGAUAAAAUUUCAAGUGAAAAGCUCGAGAUUUAAGAGGGCCUUAAUAGAGUACUUCCAGAAUGUUAUGCGUGUAGUUUGUACUCCUGUAAAUACCCAGAAGAGGCUGGUGAGAAAUACUUCGUAUUGUGAACAGUGAUGUUACAUAGUACCAACCUUAACUUGGACUGCCUUAACAAAAUACCAUAGACUGGUGACCUAAACAACAAAUUCAUUUCCUAACACUUUUGGAGACUUGGAAAUCCAAGAGCAAGGUGCCAGGAAGCUAGGGCAAGGUGCUAUUUUCAGAAUCCAGGUAGAAUCUAACACAGUAAAAUAAUGCCAAGGGAAAAGGAAGGAAAGCAAAAAACUAAAGAAACACCCCUGCCCAUCGUUCCAAUUCUUCGGAAGUUCCUGAAAACGUAUGAAAAGCACUGUGCCCAGACGCAGACAUCUGUGUGUCCAGCCAUCAGACAGGACUUGAAAACCAGCAUCAACAACGAACAGGUUCUUAGGAAAUUUAUGCUUGUAAGACCUGAAGACUCCCCAACAAGCGUCCUACCCAUUUCCUUAGAACCUUUGCUCAUGACAAUUCGAGAUGAGUGUUAUAUGCUGGGGAAAGAGAUCUGUAUCUGGAGCCUUCAACUGAGCAACCCAGAGAUUGCCAGACUGGCUUCGCUUCUGGAGUUGAAGGGGAGUGCCGCCUGCCCCUUUACCAGCCUGGAGCUCACUGACUGCAGGAUGGAUCUGUGGUCUCUCCAGAGACUUGGGAGGGCUCUGCCAUGCAGCCAUCUGCGUUCUCUCAUCCUCGAUUACAGCAGAUUUGGAAAGGAAGAAGUUGAGAGUCUUUUCUCAGGCCUGCAGAACAACCAGAGGCUUCAAGCCCUCAGUUUGCGCUACUGUGGUCUGGUGCCCCAGAGCGGACCCCGGCUGAGUACCAUCAUAUGCCAGACUGCCAUCAGUGAGCUGCACCUUGACGGCAAUUUCUUACAAUGUUCCGGAGCUCUGGCUCUCCUCAGACCCAUCGCAGAGUAUGCAGAGAUGCAGGGGAGAGAACAGCCGGCCACGGCCCCACCAGACCCUGGGAGCCCCCCUCAUCAGCUGCAGGCCAAACAGAGGGGCAGUUCGGCUUUGAACCAGAUUACAGAGUUGCCUGGAACUCUAACACAGAAAACUACUUCAGGGAAGGAGAGGAGGAAAAAAGGAAUCAAGAAAAAAAUUAAAGAUUUGACUGAAGCUGGUCCUUGGUUAGUGAAGUUGUAUCUGGCAGAUAAUGGCAUAGACAGAAGAGGAAAAGAAGGAGAAAAUGGCUUGUUGGAAUUCACUCAAAUUUUAACAUGCCUGAUCACAUACUCUGCUCACUUACGGGAAAUUGACCUCAGAAACAAUGUCCUGGGAGAGACGGCUGCUGCUGACAUACUUGAAGCACUGAGAGCCAGAAAGACAGGUAAACUCCCAGUCUUAAAAAUUACAGUCACUCCUCAAAUGUCUUCUGAUACCUUCAGAUCUAUUUGGAAAAAUAGCAGGAAAUCUAGGAUUACCAGUAAAAAGAAGAAGAAGGUAACAGUAUCCCAGACCAUCAGUCCAUCCUAAUGGAUGAUUGUAUCAAAGGACAAGUAGUAUGAAAAAACAUAGUUCCCUCAAAGGGUAAAAACUGAAUAUGGAUGUUCUAUAUCUUUAUGGAUGCUCUCUGUUUCCAUGGCCAAGUGGACAUGUGUAGAAAGAUCUUGUUUGUUCUAUAAUAAGAGUUUUCACUGGAGGGGCACCUGGGUGGCUCAGUGGGUUAAGCCUCUGCCUUCAUGCUCAGGUCAUGAUCUCAGGGUCCUGGGAACGAGCCCCAUGUCUUGUCAGGCUUGCUGCUCAGCGGGGAGCCUGCUUCCUCCUGUCUCUCA